AUGUGGUCAGACAACGGCACGAACUUUGUCGGUGCUGACAGUCAGCUGAAUGCUAAUUCUGACAUCGAAUACAGCAAGGAGUUAAAGGAGGUCUACGAACUGCUGCAAUCAGGAUUACACAAUGAAGCAGUUGGAUACUUUCUUGCAAACAAGGGUAUUGCAUGGAACUUUAUCACCCCAUUCUCGCCGCACAAAGGAGGUAUACGGGAAGCUUUGGUGAGAAGUACCAAGAAGCAUCUACGAGCUGUCAUUGGCAAGGCACCUCUUACCUUUGAGGAAUUGAUUACCGUGUUGUGCCAAACCGAGGCUUGCCUCAACUCGAGGCCACUCUGUGCUGUUUCAAAGUUUCAUGAUAGCACCGAAGCCUUAACUCCGGGGCACUUCAUCAUUGGGCAGGCUUUAAAUCUUAUUCCCAUACCUGUUGUUCACCAUAUUCCCGAGAACCGUUUGGACAAGUACCAAAAAUUGCAAAGACACACAACUGACAUCUGGCGACUUGUCAACUCUGCAAUCGCGUAA